CAUUUGUGUAAAAAUUCGUGUCCCUACACAGACCGUUCCCUACGGUUAAUACGCGACUACGGCAUUCUCCACGCAUGCGCGUUUCUCCCUCUCGGAUAGCACGUGUUACCCCACCCCCUUUUUCCUCCUCCUCCCCGUUUUCUCACCGCGUGCGCGACGCACGCAAGUCAAGUCAAGCCAAGCAAGCUCUCUGAGAAAUGGCGGCCGACGGAGGCUGUGCUCUUUCUUCACCCUCGGCGCCGACGCUGCCGUGCACCUUCUCGCCGACGUCGCUGCACUACCUCGCGGUGUGCGCGCAGGACGGUCGUCUACGGAUCUGGAACGCCGACUCGCGCGCGCUGCACCGGGAAUACGUGCCUUCCGCGCACCUUAGCGCCACUUGUACGUGCAUCGCCUGGGGACCAUGCCGAGCGACCAAGGAGGGGCCUCAGAGGAAGAAGAGGAAGUCGGAGGCAGGUCCGGCGUCAGCUCAGCAGUCGGAUCUGUUGGCUCUGGGUACAGCAGCGGGCACCGUCCUCAUCUACAGCACAGUGAAGGGAGAUCUGCACUGCACUCUGGACGGAGGGCAUAGUGGGAGUGUGAACAGCGUCCAGUGGCACCCUAAUGAAUCUGUUCUCUACAGCGGCUCAGACGACACACACAUUGCAGAGUGGGACCUGAAGACGGGCAAAACACGCUGCAAAUGGAAAGCAGACAGGGCAGCAGUGACGAGUUUGUGUGUGAGUCCUGAUGGCAAACUCCUGCUGUCUGCUGGAAUGACCAUCAAGAUGUGGGACCUGGAGACCAAAGAGGUGUACAGGAGGUUCACAGGUCACUCAACAACAGUCACGACCUUGUGCUUCGCAACAACCCGACCUCCGGACAGCAACGGCCUGUACUUCCUGUCUGGAGCUGCCCACGACAGACUGCUCAGCGUGUGGCAGGUGCGAUCCGAUGGCAAAGACAAGAACUCUGUGGUAUCAUUCACGCUGACGGACGAACCGCAGCACAUCGACCUGCAAACGUCCAACAGCAAAGAAGAGGCGGUGCGGUUAGCAGUGGUGUGUAAGGAUGGGCAGCUGCAUCUCUUCGAGCACUUUCUCAACGGGCCGUGUAAGAAACCCCUGUCCCCGGUGUGCUCAGUGCAGAUGUCGAGCGCUGGUUCUGGUGAAGGUGCUAUCCCAAUGCCCGUCCCCCUGCUGUCUGCAGCUCUGAGUUCAGACAAACAGAGCAUCAUGCUCGCAUACGGGAAUCACCUACAGCCCGUCAUCGAGAAAACCUCCAUCAACACAUCAGAGAGGCACGUGUGUCUGAUCCGAGACGUGCAGACGACGCUGUCGCUGUCAGUCGAUGCUGCUAUCACAAAAGUGAAGACCCCCAUUGUGAACGAAAAGAAGAGCAAAGUUUUAAUACCGGGAGUCCCUGGACAUCAAGCACCCAUCAAAGCUGCUCCCAGCCAAUCAGAGAAGAGGAAGAAAGGAGCAGUUUCUACAGAGAUGUCGAUAGAGGAGCGGUUGGAGCAGAUCGAGCUGAGCGCAUCAGGUGGUAAAGGAGAGGGUAAAGGAGUUUCGGCUUCGCUCCAGACUGAUGGCUUUGCCGUUCUGCUCGUUCAGGGGCUCGAGAGCAAAGACGAGAAGAUCCUGAACAAAAUCUUUCAAACAAAGAAGGAAGCCCUGAUUAGGAACACGGUUGCACGGUUGCCUCCUCCAGCUGUCCUGCCUCUCGUGGAGGAGCUGUCGAGAAGGCUUCAAGGACAUCCAUUCUCGGCGAUUCUUAUCGUGCAGUGGCUAAAGGCCGUGUUGACGCAUCACACCUCAUACUUGUCAACGCUUCCAGACCUGGUGUCUCAGUUGGGGGCACUCUACCACAUGAUUGAGAGCCGAGUGAAGCUGUACCAGCAGCUGACGAGACUCCACGGCAAGCUCUACCUGCUCAUGACGCAGGUGGCGACAAGCACCAGUUCCCACAAAGUAGGAGACCUGGACCACAAAGCGAAACUGGUGUAUGAGGAAGAGUCCUCAGAUGAAGAUGAAGACUCCGGAGACGAGGGACGGCCUGGGGACGACUCGGAUCAGAACUGGGAGGAGGAUGAGGAGCAGGACAAUGAGGAAGGAAUGGACAUAACGGAGGACAAAGAAAACCAUGCAGCUGAUGAGGACGAGAGCGAAGAAGAAGAAAAGGACAAGUCCAAAGCAAACGGCGAUUCGGACUUAGACGCUGAGAGCGAAGAGGAAUGAAAUGAACAGCAACAAAAAAAAAACUAAAUACCUUGGAAAAUUUAUAUAUAUAAUACGUUUGUUUUAUUUUUUCCCUGUUUUCAUUUUAUUGUAAAGAGAAAAAAAAUCACCAAAAAAAAACUUUUAUAGAGUUCAUAUGUGUCAUGGACUGAAAGUGGUCGAGUCCCAGGACGGCCACCAGGGCAGCGACAUUCACAGAUUAAGAAGUGAACAUGGUGGCGAGUGUUUGUCUCAGCCAUUUUACUCGCUCCUUUUUUGACCCCAGAUCCCUUGACCCCAGACUGGCACCUUUUAUUCGUCUUUCUGGUUGAUGUGGUAGCAGUGUACCACAACUUUAGGAUUUAUGGUCAGGGCUUUGCUUGUAUGUUGCUUCUUUAUACAAACCAUUAUACAAAAUCUCGCAGUUUUAGGGUUACCUUUCUAAAAAUACACGUAAAAUAAGAAAUUUCCUGCCCACUUUAUUGCUCUAGUACAGAAAUCAGAGCUAAUAGCAAUGCUGAAUCUUUCUAUUGACUUUCUGCAAGCUUCUGGUGCUAAGUUAUGCAACAACAACAAAAGAAAUCAUGACGUGAUGGAAAACUUUAGGACAGUUUAUAUCCAAUGCAUCACUUUUAAAACAUGUACUUGAUUGGAAAGUACCAAAUCUAUCAUCAGACUGAUGCGUCUCUUCCAUAUAACUAGCUCAUUAUUUAGAUAAUUUUUUUUUUAGGUAAAUUUCGAAUGUUGUUUUGCUUUAUUUGUAUCUCUGUAAAUCAAGAUUAAUCAGCUAUGGGCCAAAGCGGGAUGUCAGUCUGCUCAUCUGCAAAUAAAUAUGGUCCAAGUUGGGUUUUCAUCUGGAAAACUUUGUAAACUUUGACCGUCUGCCUCUCGCUGCAAGUGUGUAACGUUGCAACAUGGCCCGACCCAGAACUUCAGUGUCAAUGAAUUUAGCAUUUUUGUUCCUGAACCACUCCUCAUUUCUUUUAUUUUAAUGUAUUGCUCCCUCGCUCUGUCCCUGUCAGCCCUGCAGUGUUGUUAAAUCGUGUCCGCUUCCUCUAAUGACGGUUUGAAAGUGGAAAACGAUGUGAAUGUUGCUUAAUUCAGUGAUUUCUGUCUGAGACCCACACUCAGAAAAGUUGGUUGCCUCGGGAAAAACAAUUUGUCAACCCUAACCUUUUUCAAUGCAAGCAGUAUAUAUUGACGACUGUUGUACAGUUGAAAUGAAAUAAAUUCCUUUUUGUUCUCAGAA